AGCCGUGUUUUCUCCGUGCUCGCAGUCAGCGUCUCAUCCGCCUCCGUCAAAAAGUGCAUUCAGACACGUGCACUUGGAUAAGUCGCUUUCAGUCUUGUUUAAAACCAGCUUUAAUCUGGCUGUGUUCUUUUAAAGCCCUCCAGCUGUUAGCACAGAUUAUCGUAUUGAUUUGCGGUCGAAUGAAAAAAAGAAUAGGGACCAUGUUUCCGCAUUGGUAGCCUUUAAUAUUACGCAAGUUCUGUGUUUGCACACUGUAGGCGACACACAACAAACAAUAAACGUGAUUUUUUGCCAACGCUAUUUAUUUUAAAUUGUGUGCGAGCCCUACGUUAAAUCAGCGUUGCCAUAACAACUUCCAACCGCAUGCACGUUUUGUCCUCUCCCUCCCCUCUCGCCAAUCCCUCUACUGCAAUGCAUCACUCCCGUCUCCCUCCCCCAAUCUCUCUCCCGAUCCUAAAGACUGAAUAGACGCUGCUACUUGUGUAGGCUAUGCAAUUACGCCGACACAUGAUUUUGCAUGCAUGACUGUCUUUCAUCCUUCCUUUAACCUGCAGACGAUUCUCCUUUCCAACGGGAGGAAAAAAAACACUGUAGGCUAAGCGUUCGCGUAUCUUUUUUUCCCCCAAAUACAUUGCGGCGGUCGGCAAGUGCAUUUUUCGUUUGAUUUUCGGUCUCUCCUGUGCUGGCCAGUGCAUUCACCUCCCGAUUGAGGUUUCCGACGGACGGACGGACGGACUUACACAGUUUUCUUACCGGGAGUGGACAUUGGAAAAGAAGAUGCCGUUCGCUUUACCGCAGUGAAGGAGCUCUGGGCUCCCCGUGAGCACCGUGGUGCUCUGGACUGCCUGGCGGUGAGCUGCUGUCUGUCCCGGUCCCGGAGCGACACCCCGGAGAUGGGCCUCUUCCCUCCGACCGUCGGUAUGGCUACGCUGCGGCCGACCGUCGGUAUGGCUACGCUGCGGCUGCUGCUCCUGGCCUCCGUCCUGGCCGGCGCCCUGCACGCGCCCCUGUGCCGCGCGGCCUGCGUGGAGGUGGAUUCCGACACGGAGGCAGUGGCGGGACAGGGGUUCAAGCUGGGCUGCAUCUCCUGUAAGAUGAGGGGCGAGGUCCCCGCCACCGCCACGGUGGACUGGUACUUCAAGGCCAAAGAGGACAGCGACUUCUCGCACAUAUUCAGCUAUGAGGCCGAGAGCCCCAGCAUCAUGGACGACCGCUUCUGGGAGCGGAUAGACUGGAACGGGAGCAAGAAGACCAACGACCUUCAGGACGGGUCGAUCUACAUCCUCAACGUGACCUUCAACGACACGGGCGUCUUCCGCUGCUUCUUCGACCGCGUCCUCACCUUCUCCAGCUACGAGUUCCGCACCCACGCCACCAAGUUCAUCACCCUCAACGUGGUCGCCAAGGCCACCAGGGGCACGGCGUCCAUCUUGUCGGAGGUGAUGAUGUACGUGUCCAUCAUUGGACUGCAGGUGUGGCUGGUGGUGGAGAUGGUGUACUGCUACAGGAAGAUCUCAGUGGCAGGGGAGGAAGCUCUUAGAGAGAGCGCAGCGGAGUACUUAGCGAUAGCCUCGGAGAGUAAAGAUAACUGUGCCGGCGUACAGGAGGCGGAAUAGCACAGGCCAAAAAAAGGGUCCGGUGGGUGUCUCUGAUCACCCCUACAACCACCUCGUCCCCAAACGGCACCCGCUCCCCCCCCCCCUCAAAUAGAACCCUCACAACCCCCCAACCACCUGUCUCAUCACUCAGUGAGUAAACUGUGAAAAGGAAGGAAGCUGUUCCCUUUUUCAGCUUCAACAGAGAUUAAGGAAAAUGAAGAAGAACAAGAGAAGAAAAAGUUAAAAGAAAGAAAAAAAAAACCUAUUACCACAGAGAAUCGUGGUUACUGAUAACCAAGGGCAGGAAAAGACCUUUGACGAAACAAAGACUUAGAAUAGCAUGCUCAUGUAAAACAUUCAUGUAAUAUUGAAUAUGACAUGUAUAUAACUAUGUGCACAUCUAGAAAAUCUCUCUCGUUACAUUAUAUGAGUCUAUAAGAGAUAAUACCUGUAUACGUCAGUGUAGCUCUCUCUCCAUCCAUGUACCCAGAAAUCUGCUGGCUUCAUGUAUUAUCACCACGCUGUAUAAAGUGACACCUCCACUUCUGUAAACAGUUAAGAUGCUAUCGAGACGUGUCGAAGGAAAGAUCCUAACAUCGUCUUAACUUGUCUGUAGAGUCUCUAGCUGCUUCUCUCUAGAUUUCGACAGCGGUACUGGAAAGGAAUAGGAUGGGUUCAUGUGCAAAACUAGAUCAGAAUUCUAAAAUUUUAAAAAUAAAAA